UCUCAUCUUCAGAUCCAGGAAAUCUGAACUCGGAGUGGAAGCAACGAAGCAACAACAAAGAUGUCGACAGAAUGCUAAUACUUCCAUAGCUCUGGAUCAAUAACAACAGCACCAUGUCCUCUACCAACCCAAUUAAUGAUGACAACCAACAAACAGCAGCAAGUCCCUCUGCAUUGGCGGGCAUGACGAGCAAUGUCGACGAGUGCCGUCAAGUCUACAAUGCAUGGGCCCAAAAUUACCAAAAGGACGUGGAACAGUGGGGAUACCAAAUGCCCACGCAAGUCGCCACACUUCUGGCUCGGCACAUGAAUGCCUCGUGUCCAAAAAUUUUGGAUGCCGGAGCCGGCGAUGGACUUUCGGGAGUCGCACUCCGUGCGUCGUUUCCAGAGUGUCACUUGAUCGGGGCCGACUUGUCACCGGACAUGUUACAAGUGGCACGCCAACGAGGCUGCUACGAUCAUUUGCACGAGUUGGAUUUGAAUCAAACGCCGUUUAUGGUGGACUUGUCAGAGGACGGCAGUUAUGAUGCCAUUGCCUGUGUUGGUACCAUGACUUACGUCGAUCCCACGAAGGGCACCUUGGCCGAGUUUUGCCGUCUUGUGAAACCCGGUGGAUAUAUUUGCUACACCAACCGUACCGACAAACUAGAACCAUUCCAAUCGGUGGAACAUCAAUUACUAGUGCAGAGAGUAUGGAAACUGGUAGAACAGCAGGGACCCAUGCCGUAUCUGCCCAAUCAUCCCGACUUUGGGGACAACAUACAAGUCGUCAUUUUCUUGUACCAAAAACUGUAAUAAUCUACUCAGCAACCAUAUUCUUGUUUGGAAAUAGGAAU